UCGUGGGCCGUCAAUGCGAAAAAGAUCAAACAGGAGCGAAUACAGUCUGCAGUGUUUGCGCGUUACAAGCGUUUCGAGCGUCCGCUUAGCAUCUUUUUGAGGUCAGCCAUUUUCUAUCUGGUAUCACUAGGGUAACGAAAUCUUUGCUGGUCUCAUUAGAGUGUGGGGAGAGAGUACUCGGGCGGCUGUCAGCAGUGAUCGGUGAUGGAUAGUCCAAGGACGCCUCGUGAGUUGUCGAGCCCGGAGGCGAAGAUCGGGCUUCGCGUGGAGGAUCUAUGGGAUGUGCAGGAGCCGAUGCUCAGCCCAUCAGAGAAGCUCAACUCCUGCUUCGAGAGCAUACCGGUUUCCUCCUUUCCAUCCGCUGCUCCUUCUCUAGAAAUUGAGAUACCGUCAGAUGCUAGUUUGGCUGCUGCAGUAGAUAUUUUAUCUAAAAACAAGAUCCUUAGCGCACCUGUGCGGAAUGUUGAUGCACCAGAAGAUGCUAGUUGGAUUGAUCGUUACAUUGGUAUUUUAGAGUUUGCUGGAAUUGCUGUUUGGCUCCUACAUCAGACAGAUGUAGCAGCUUGUCAUGGGGAUGAUUUUGGAGCCAAUUCUUCAACUAAAGGAAGCUUUUUUGAAUAUCUGACAUCUUCACACUUCUAUAGGAGUACGAAGGUUCAGGACAUCUCAGGGUCAUUCCGCUGGGCUCCUUUCCUAGCUUUACAGAAAGAAGACUCAUUUCUUACCAUGCUUUUGCUACUUUCGAAGUAUAGAAUGAAGAGUCUACCAGUUGUUGACCUGGGUGAAGGAAAAAUUGAAAACAUCAUCACACAGUCUGCUGUUGUUCAUAUGCUGGCAGAAUGUGUUGAUCUUCACUGGUUUAAGAAUUGGGGAACCAAGAAACUUUUUGAAUUGGGCCUUCCUAUCAUGAAACCAGAUAAACUAGUUAAGGCUUUUGAGGAGGAACCUGUACUUAGUGCCUUUCAAUUGCUGAGGAAAAGAAGAAUUGGUGGACUCCCAAUUGUUGAUGAAAGUGGACAUAAAGUGGUAGGCAAUAUAAGCAUAAGAGAUGUACAGUACCUUCUAACAGCUCCAGAAAUAUACAAAAACCUCAGGUCCAUCACAGCUAAGAACUUCCUUGCUGCAGUUAGAAAUUACUUACUGGGGCGUCAAGAGGCCUCACCCCUACUGCACAGUGUUAUCACGUGCAGAAGAACUGACAUGCUCGAAGACAUCAUAUUGAAGUUGGAUUCUGAGAAGAUACACCGAAUAUAUGUCGUUAACGAGGAGGGAAAUUUGGAAGGUGUUAUUACAUUAAGAGACAUCAUCUCCAAACUCGUCCAUGAGCCACAUGGUUACUUCGGAAAUUUCUUCGAUGGAGUCGUUCCACUCCCCGCAAACAGCCGGGUUUGAACUGAAGUAGCUUUGGCUCUCUGCUUGUUCUAUCCAUGGGGCGGUUGUAAUCUGCUAAUAAGCCUUUUUUAGCUGUUGUGGCUGUUCACAUCAUUUUUCUCACGUCUGUGGUUUGUAAAUUCCUGUAUUUUUCAUCUUGCUUAACCUCCUGGCCAUCCAGCGUUUUCUUCUUCGAGUAAUUACCGACUUCUUCUAGGAAAGAAUUGUAUUUCUUUUGGUUCACUGCAGUUUUGCAGCAACGAAAAUCGAAAUGUAAUGUGUUUUGUGAUAUAAGCAUUGCAUGCUACGACUUUAGUAGUUGUUAUCCUGGUAGAAUUUGAUUAAAAUGGAACAACUUUAGUAUCUUCCUUACUA